AUGAGUGGGAUCGUCACACUCGAAGAGUUUCUAGAGAUCUUGAAUGAGGAGCAAUAUAUUGAUAUUGUCAAAUUGAGGAACUACGCUCGGCAUGGUAUUCACCCCCAAGUGCGUGGCGAAGUAUGGCUGUAUCUACUGGGCGUGCUUUCAGCCGACAAAAGCCAGGAAAUGACCACAGUGCGUAACAAGUUUCUCGAGUAUGAAGGUGUGAGUAAGCGAAUCCCGUCAAUCGAGAAGGACGUGCGCAUAGAAGUACUCCGUUACUUUCGGCAUCGCAUGAAUCCCACCCAACAGCGACACAAACAGGAUGCAAACUCUAUCAUUCGAUCUUCCCGGUCUAUCGAUAAUUUUCCCGAAUACAGCCAUGAGAGUGGACAGACGACCGCGGAAUCCGGUGUAGGUGGGCCCCAUAUACCGCGUAUUCUGCCUUCGACACAGUAUGGACUAGCCAUUAUGCGCGAGAACUCAAAUGUGGACGAUUCAGAGCUGAUCAAUGACCAGCGGCGACUCUCACACUGCGUCGAAAAUGUCUUGUGCGCGUACCUCAAUCGGCACCUCGUAUCGCAAGAAGAACCCGCGCAACCCGAGCGUGAAUCGGGCGCUUUGCAAUCCGAGUAUCUGCCCGUUCACAUGCAAAAAGAAUUCUCAUGGCCCUUCCAUCCGCACUCGCACCCAGGCGAUCAAAUAAACAAUUUUCACCCUUCUAUGGUUUACUUAUGCGCACCUUUCGCACGAUGCGUCCGCGCAGAGGCAGGCAUGUAUUUUGCAUUCGACCGUCUCAUGGGCAUGAUUCGUGAGUAUAAUGAGACGUGUCCCAUUCCUCAGCGCGUCGCCACCUUCCUUACUCUGUUCCGUAAGACCCUACCUGAACUCUACGCAUACUUUGAGGCGGAGGAAGUCGAUAUACUCUCUGUCGCUACGAGCUGGCUACAGCAUCUGCUCGCGCGAGAGAUGCAAAGUCACGAUUUGAUGCGUCUCUGGGACACGUACUUCGCUGUGCCAGACUUGCUUGACUUGCACCUCUACGUAUGCCUCGCAAUUCUUACCAAUUGCAGAGAUGCACUUGAAGAUCUCGAUCGUUCUGAAACGAUGAGCAUGUUGUUCUCACUACCGCCCCUGAAUGUCGACCGCAUCAUCAGCGAUGCUGUCAACAUUCGAUUAAGCCUCGAGCACGAUGAAAUGUAUGAAUAG